AUCUGGGAUUAACUUCGUUUCGCCAUCCGGUCACACACAUACCCGCAACAAUACACGAAUUUUCAUUAAUAAACACACAAAGUAGUUAAAAUUUUGGGUUUACACCGCGGCCCAUUCGCAUCGCCAUCAUGCUUUACCUCGAAGACUAUCUGGAGAUGAUCGAGCACCUGCCGCAGGAGCUGCGCGACCGCUUUACCGAGAUGCGCGAACUAGAUCUCGCCGUCCAGAACAACAUGGACUCGCUGGACAAGAAGGCCCACAUGUUCUUCAAGCAGUGCAAGCGCGACGAACUGCAGCACGAGUCGAUGGACACGGAGUUCCACAGCCUGCGCGGCGAGUACUUCAAGGUGAUGGAGGACGCCGACGAGAAGGUGGCUAUUGCCACUCAGAUACACGAGCUGGUGGAGCGCUACUUGCGCCGCCUGGAUAGCGAGCUCUUCAAGUUCAAGUGCGAGCUGGAGGCGGACAACAACGGCAUCACCGAAAUCCUCGAGCGCCGCUCUCUGGAGCUGGACGGCAACUCCACUGCAGCCACCGCCCUGCUGCUGAGCAUGAACCAGAAGGAGAACCGCUACUACGGCGCCAGUUCGGCCAAUACCAUGGUGAACAGCUCGACGGGACACGCAACGGGUGCCGCCACUGGCUCCUCCGGCAUUGCACUGGUCAGUGGUGCUGCCGGAACGGGCGGUGCCCUCUCCAGCAUCUCCACCGCCCAGUUGGGCUCAAGUCAGCGCCACCGCAAGCUGGAGAAGCGGCGGGAAACCAUAUGCACGGUGCCUGUUCAGGAGAAGCGCGCCAAUCUGAAUCACUCACUUCCCGUGGUCGGUUCGGGCUCCACGACUGCCGCGGCAGCCUCAUCUUCGUCCGCCACAACGGCCGCAGCAGCCGCCAGCCUGGCCAGCGCGACGACUGCCCAAACUCAUGUCUCCAACCACAUUGGCAGCAUCGCCGCCACUCAUCUCACCCUGCCUGUGGCCAUGGGCGUGGCCGGCGGCAGUAGCAGUCUUGCCAGCAGCUCGCUUGCCACAGGAACGGGUUCGCUGGUCCGCCAACUGCCCACGAACCUUACCCACACCGUGCUAAGCACCUCGGGUGGAGCGACCGCCGCAGCGGCAGCGGGCGGCAACUCCACGUCCGUGGUCGCUGCUGGUACGGCCCACGGGCACGCCCAUGUCAGUGGGCACUCGGCCGCCGGGGCCACAGUCACCUACAACCUGCAACAACUGGGCGGAGGAGCCGCCGCAUCUAGUGCCAUUGCGGCGGCAGCCAGCCAGGCGAUCGUGGCCACACAGCAGAUGCAGCAAGGCCGCCGCACGGCCAGCCUCAAGGCGAGUUACGAGGCCAUACACGGAACAGCGGGCACCACCACCGACUUCUGGACCCAAGCCGGUCAGGGUGGACUGCAGCAGUCGACCGCUGGAUCGGUGACAGUGGCUGCCGGCACAGCGUUGGCCACCGGCGCAGCUGGCGGUAGUAGCACCGGCUCGCAUCAUUCGCACCACUCACAGUCGCACCAUGGCGGCCAUGGGCACGGACAUGGUCAUGGCCAUGGGCAUGGUCAUGGGCACGGACACCACAGCAGCAGUGGUCACGGCGGCGGGCACAGCAGCCACCACCAGGAGAAGAAGCAAAAGAAGAAGCUAACCACAGCGCUGACGUUGCCCACAGUGCAGCCGACGGCCGGCUCCUCGUCGGGCAACUCGAUUGGCUCGUCGUCGUCGAUUAGUCUGGAAUCGGUGAACAAGCUCACCACGUCGGCGGCCCUGGCGGCGGCAUCGGCCACGACAACCUACAUGUCUGUGGGUGGACAGGCGCUGCUCGCCAUGACCCCCGGAGGUGGAGGCGGAGGCAACUUGGCGGAGAGUUCCGCUGAGGGCGUGCCCGCCGGAAUGAUUGCCAUGAACCUGCCCACCACCACGGUAACGCCCGGCUCCAGCCUGACCAUCGGCGAGAACGGACUCGUGGUGGAGCAGACGAACGAGGGCGAAUGGUCGUACGAUCCCAACGAGCCGCGCUACUGCACCUGCAACCAGGUGUCCUACGGCGACAUGGUGGCCUGCGACAACGACGCCUGUCCCUACGAGUGGUUCCACUACCCCUGCGUGGGCAUCACCCAGCCGCCCAAGGGCAAGUGGUACUGCCCCAAGUGCACCGCCUCCAUGCGGCGCCGUGGCAACCGAAAGAACUGAGGCUGACUGCGCCUGCUGGCGCCCCUCUUCCGUGGCGGGGGCGGCGGCGUAGGCACCUGGUCGCGUCGCUAGCGGCUCUUAUACUUGUAAAGUGACAAAUAAACAAAUU